AUGUUGAAUGAUGAAGAAGAAAAUGAUGAUGGUGUGGGGGGAGAUGAGGUUGUUGCUAGUAAAGAAUCAUUAACAGAGACGUUAAUAACCCUGGCGGAAGAAAAAAUUCUUCCCAUAAUUCUUACGUACAUCGGCAGUCAGGUGGAUGGCGUUGAUGAAAAUAUAGUCCAACUUUUGAGAACUCUUCUUCAAACUUUGAGCGAUGUCUCCAGCCUUGAGAAUAAAUAUAAAUGUUUCGAAAGCUUCAAGGAUUCUUUGAUGGAGUUGUUACAGAGUUAUGCAUGGCAAGUUAAAAGCAGGUAUCAAUUGAUGUUACCGCUACUCAACUUUUUCAAGAUAUCUCAGAUUGAAGUCAGUAGAUUAGUGACGGAUUUAAGGAAGUGUCUUUCAACAAACUACCUGACGCCAUCAUCAUCUGCUGUUUAUAAGGCGAUCAUUACGAUGAUGAAAUCUCAACAAGAUGGGGGCAUAAAAAUGUGGAAAGAUUCAUGCUGUCCUCACCUAGUUUGCGCUCUUACGAGCAACAAAAUGAGAUUGUCAGACUCCAUCAUCAUCAUCUUCUUCGUCUUCGUUAUCGGUACUCUUCGCCAAGCUGUCAGUGAUGUUUGCAGCUCAGAUGUCAGGAGUCACUUGCGAUUAUACUGGCCGACCACAGAGGAAAUAAUCCUAAUAAAAAGUUCACUGGUGCACCAGAUGUCAGUAGAUGAUCCGUCGUUUCGCAAGCAGAUGGACAAGUGCCUGCACUCCCUGCUUCUCAGGUGUCGAGAUCAUGCGCUGUCCCUUUUGAGGACUGCUUACAAGAGGAGUAAUGAGAAGAAUGAAAGUAAGAAUCAGGAGGCGCGCGUUACGCUUUCUCUUGUUCACGGCAACGAUUUUGAUGGUGGCUGUGGUGGUAGCGUCAUCAACUGCAUAGAAUUCCUUGAUUUUGCGUGGGGUGUGUGCCUCGAAUGCCUGCACCCGUCGUCCAACUUCCAGAGGUUGUACUCAUCGCUAUCCUGGAUGAGGCUCAUGCUGGAUGUCUUCGUAUGCAGGCCGCAUCAGGGAGUUAGGAAACCUGACGUUUCCCUGCUAAUUUCAUUGGCUGCUGAAAGAGGGUCAUGUGACUUUUUCAACGACCAAUCACUGUUCAGUUUGUUGAGAUGUGUGGGCCACGAAAUCCACCAGAUAUCCCAGAUGGCGUGCGACGUACUGGAACAUUAUUUUCAAUGGCCAUUGUAUUGUCCACGGACUUUGACGAGAUUGAUGAAGACUAUGAUGACGACGACUGAUUGUGAUAAUAUAAGUAAUUCGAUCUUAUCAGACGGCUUGAACUUUAACCUCUGGCUGCUAAGGUCAUCAUUAUUGCUAUGCAGUAGCGUUAGAACAAGGGAAACACACUGCGGUGUGACCUUAUGUGGGGUUCUCUAUCGGAGAUAUAUCUUAGAUCAAGAAAUUAGCAUCUCUAUCGGCAGAGACGAACAUACGAGGCUAUUGGUUUUACCAACACAACGACAUAAUAAUAAUAAUUACUAUAAUAAUAAUAAUAAUAAUUACCAUAAUAAUAGCAAUAAUAAUAAGUCUUUAAGAUGCGGACUCAGUUUUUUAAAUAACUUAUUGCAAGUUAUUGAAGGUGAUGCCGUCUUCGUGUCUGAGAACUUUUCUAAUUACGUGCAAGAGAGAAUGAUAUAUGGAUUACUAUCAGCUCUGUCAGCCUGCUUACAAUCACUGCCAUUGAUAACAGAGCACUCCACUCAUCAAUUUACUAAUGAUGAUAAUGAUAAUAAUAACAACAACAAUAAUAAUAAUAACAAUGAUAAUAAUGAUGAUGAUGAUGGGUUGGAAGAGAUGAUGGCAUUUAAUGAGAGGGUAGUUGAUUUGGUUGAAAAGCUGACUUCGUUUUCGUUGGAUGUGUUUGGCGGUUGCCUCACCGAUGAUGAUACGGCUCCUUCUUUUGAGCAAAUCAAUCAGGCAAUCAUGUCGCUGAUUGGAGAGUCAAUCAAAAAUAAUAAUAAUAAUAAUGGUGGUGAUGAUGAUGACGAUGGUGAUGGCGAAAAGUUAGUCAACAUAAAAUACCAGGCUAUCAAUUCCUGGUGCUGGCUAAAUAUUAAAGAGUGUGGAUUGCUCUUAGGGGCGUUAACGAAAGUGGCUGGGAAAAAUAAUUUCAAAACAAUUCAUUCGAAGGAUAUAAGGAGAAUCAGCGAUUGCUUUUUCAAAUGCCUAACUCAAUGUAGACACCGGGGCGCUAUUGAAAGUUGCACGAUUGGAUUCACGCAAUUCACUCUGGCAGUCUUUCAGUCAGAGGAUGACUUUAUACGCAACAUCCCACAUCUACUGCUUGAUAAGGUUUUCAGACAGCUGAGUCAGCUGAGCAAAGCGUCAGUGACCAGACGAUCAGCUGGUCUGCCGUCUGUCAUUCUUAGCAUUCUUGUGUCUGAGGCUAAACUUUCAAGGAUGUUUCUUCUAAAGAAGUCAGUUGAAAAAUUGCUGGAUUUAUGCAGAUGUGAUGACGACGACGACGACAGCGUAACUAAAGAUAGUAACGAAGAAGAUGAUGAUGGGAGUAAUAGUAAUGGAGAUGGAGAAGAUGAAGAUGACGGGGGAGAUGUACGGCAUCAUCAGCAUCAUCAGCAGCAACAGCAACAACAACCUGCCCAGUUAUGCGACAAACCGAAAGUGCAUGGUCUCAAUAUCUUAAAGACCUUAGUACAGGAAUCGUGCCUAUCCGAUUGCAUGUCCCAAUAUGUGGAGGAUAUGAUGGAUGAGGUCCUUCAGUGCUUCCACCAUGAUGAUUGGAUGGUCAGGAAUGCUGCUCUACAAUUGUUUGGAUCUUUGGUACCAAGAUUACUAGGGGAAAAAUCAACAACCAACAAACAACAUCUGCACAUCACUACUUCCUGUGAAUUUUUCAAACGUUAUCCUAGACUAUUUAAUUCUUUGGUUGAUGUAUUAUCCCUUGAAAUCAAUCGACUGAAAUUUAAAUAUCCAUCAUUGGUUCAAUUUAAUCAUGACGUCAUCAAUGACGUUUCAACUUCGACCAAUCAGGAAAGUGCUGCUAUAAAUAGAUACAAAGGUCAAAGAUCAUCAUUGAUACCUGUGCUGACUUUGCUGUCCGGGCUCUCACCUUCCACCACAGCUGAUCAAUCCAGCAGCCUACAGACGAACAAGCUCCUGACCUUAGUUCAAUGCCUCAGUUACAGCGAAAUUUGGAAGGUGCGCCAGUUAAGCUCCUUUCUUUUACCCGUGUUAGUACCCAGGUGUAACGAGUACCUCUACAAGUUUAUUCUCUUUCUUAUUGGCUGCUUGUUUGACCAAUUGAAUGGAAGAUAUGCUAAUUAUUCAACCAAUCACGUGCAUGGAUUGCUGAUGCAGAUUGGUGCUGUUGCGGCAUUGGCUAAUAAGAGCUUGAAAGCGCCGCAUUUUAAAGAUAUCAAAUCAUCAAUCGGUUCGCUGAGCUGGCUAUUAGAUACACCCUGCCUAAUCGUCAGACAUUGUUACGUUAAGUUAAUGCAACAGUUUGGCAUCAGAGGAGGUGAUGAUGAUGAUGAGGAGGAGGACGUCAUUUUGAAACAUGUGCGUGGUCAUUUCGCUGGUGGACAUCAUCAUUCUGGGGCUGAUGCUUAUAGAGAUGUUGGUUCCUACCUUUACGAAACGUCAUUGGUUGAGAUGUAUUUAGGUUCAUCACGUGACCCCGGCGAGUUGACCAAUCAUAUUUUGACGUGUUUGAAUUCCCCAUCGAAUCAGAUCGUUGAACUUACUUUGAAGUGGCUCGUUCAUCAGAAGAAUGGGCUCAUGUUGCUUUUGAAAGAGAAGGGGAAUGAUUUGGUUAUGAUAUUCAAAUUGUUAUGGAAGUUGUUGAAGAAAUUCAUUACAAGUUCAUCCUGGCUCAACAUUUGCUCAUCGUUGCAAACAUUAUGCAAUAUUUCGCGCUACACAAAUUAUCCAGCUGUGAAUUAUGAUGACGAUGACGGUGGGGAUGAUAAUGAUCAGAGGCUUGAGAAACAUUGGAGCAUGUUGAUGCAACUCUGUGACCAGUUCUUCAUAUCAUCUGAAUCAGCCAAUGAGAAUGGGGAUUUGAAUCCAUCGCCAGCCAAUCAGAAGAGUUAUAAACCAGCUUGUUUAGCCUUCCAACUUAUUAGCAUCUUAAUGAAAUCACAAAUCAUACAAUCACACGAACAACAGCAACAACAACAGCAACUACAUCCAAAUACAUCGCGAAACAUUAUUAGACAGCAAAGAUCAAUCAUCAAAUGCAACUUGAUGUCUUGGUCCUCGAUUUUAUACUGCAUGAGCGAAUGCUACCGAAAUUAUGACAUCAGAUUAUCUGCUGUUAAAUCGCUCAACGUCAUAAUGAUGACGUCAUCGUCUACAUCAUCAAUAUUUGAAAUGAUGUUUAAAGGGAUGAGGAUGAAUGACGAUGAUAAGGGUGGUGAUGAUAGUGAUAGUUUUGUAGCGGGUAAAGAUGAUGAUGAUGAUGUUCAUUGGAGGUAUCUGGUGUUUAUCAGAUUAUUUGAUUCGACUGUAAAUUUCUUAAAUGAUGAAGAUAGCGAUGUUAGGAAGGGAGCUACCGAAGCUGUCUCAUUCAUAUCAAAUGGUUGCUCCGUUCAGCCUUCAGUAGCACUCCAGUUAUUCCUCGAACAUGCAACAAAACUGAUGGAACAGAAUGGAACCAUCGAAAAGUUCAUUUGGCACCUUUUCUACCGAUACCUAAACUGUAACCUGAAAACGUACAUCCAAAAUUCGCAGUCAAAUUGCAGCGAGAUGUUCAAAGCGGGAGAGGACAAUCCAUAUUUGGAGGCAGCUCACUUGCACGCCCUUGUCACCAGCACUAUCACGCUACAAAAAAGUUACAGACAACAAAAGAGUAACAACGACAAAGUAACGCAACAAAACGUUGCUGAAGAUUUUAAUGUUAAUGCAAACAAGCUGCUGCUAAGUGGCGUAGAUUAG